UUCAGUGACAGCCUGAUUUCCUGAGGAUGAUCUGUUCAUGGUUAAGCUAAUGUGAAACCUCAAAUGUUCUGCAGUUCAUUCAGGGUUAAUCGUCAGCCAAUGGGUCAGACAGGAGCAUGAAGCUGCCGAAUGUCACUGUUAUCAGCAUCUGGCUGUUAAUAAUUAACGGGGGCUUGGCCCAUCAUCUUGCCCACCAGUCACCCACCUCGCUCGAGGCUGAAGAAGGCACCACUGUCUCUCUGAACUGCUCCUUCGACCCCCCCAGGAUGCCGCCCAGCUUGGUGGCUUUCCGGUGGCAUCUGCCCGAGGGCAAGGUUUACAGGCUGGUGCCGGGCGGCAGGAUGAGGGGCAAGGCCUGCCAGAGGCUGGCUCUCGAUGCCGACCUGCGGACACGCAGCAUGACCUUAUGGAUCAGCAAUGCCAAUGCCAGUGACAGCGGGCGCUACGUGUGCUUCAUCCAGAUCCUCAAACCUCUGCCCAUCAUUGAGCUGGAGGGCAGUGGGACCCAGCUUCGCAUUGUACCAGGUAGUGUGACGCUUCCAGGAACAAAGGAACCCAAAGUUAUCACAGAUCUGUCCGGUGAUGUGACACUUCCAGGAACAAAUAAACCAAAACUUAGCACAGAUCUGUCCGGUAAUGUGACGCAUCCAGGAACAAAUGAAUCCAAAGUUCUUCAUGAAGUGAAAGCAAUUGCCAUGGUCCAAUGGGCUGUGGAGUCCGCAGAGAAUUGUGUGACCUCUUGUGGUCUCAUUUGCUAA